AUGGGUCUCAAGAAUGUUCUUCUCGCUGCUGCUGCAGUAGCACCUACUGUGUAUGCUCAGGGCGCUGGUUAUUCACAAUGUGGCGGUCAAGGCUGGAGUGGCGCAACAACUUGUGUUUCUGGAUUCACCUGUACUUAUACCAACGAGUACUAUUCUCAAUGUCUACCUGGUUCGGGUGGUGGUGCAUCUAGUUCCCGCCCAACAACUACCGCUCCUACAACAAUCGUCACAUCCACGAAAGCUUCCACUACUACAGGCAGCAGUGCAACGACGACAGCAGCACCAGCCGCAGGCAACCCAUUUGUAGGCAAAGCACUUUACGUAAACCCAUACUAUGCUUCUGAGAUUUCCGCAAGUGCCAUUCCUUCACUCACUGGAGCCAUGGCCACUAAAGCCGCCGCGGUAGCAAAAGUUCCAACCUUUUUCUGGCUUGAUACCGCUGAUAAAGUUCCAACAAUGGGAACCUACCUUUCCAAUAUUCGAGCCUUAAAUAAGGCAGGAGCAAACCCACCAGUUGCUGGUACUUUCGUGGUCUACGAUUUACCUGACAGAGAUUGUGCAGCAGCUGCUUCCAAUGGAGAAUAUAGCAUUGCAAACAAUGGUGUAGCGAACUACAAAGCUUAUAUCGAUUCGAUUGUUACUAUCCUCAAGAACUAUUCUGACACUAGCGUUAUUCUAAUCAUCGUUGAUCUACCAAACGUCUCCAUGUACUUGGAUGCUGGACAUGCUGGUUGGUUAGGAUGGUCCGCAAACAUUGGUCCAGCUGCACAACUCUUUGGUCAAGUCUACAAAGCAGCAGGAAGCCCAUCUCAAGUCAGAGGUCUCGCAACCAAUGUCGCAAACUACAAUGCUUGGACUAGCAGCAGUUGCCCAUCUUAUACCUCCGGUGACUCUAACUGUAACGAGAAAUUGUACAUCAAUGCUCUCGCUCCACUCUUGACCGCACAAGGUUUCCCAGCUCAUUUCAUCAUGGAUACUGGUCGCAAUGGAGUUCAACCAACCGCUCAACAAGCAUGGGGAGACUGGUGUAAUGUCAUCGGAACCGGAUUCGGUGUUCGACCUACCACCAACACCGGAGAUGCUUUGGAAGAUGCCUUUGUCUGGGUCAAACCUGGUGGAGAAGCCGAUGGUACUUCAAAUACAACAGCAGCUCGAUACGAUUUCCACUGCGGUCUCUCAGAUGCCCUUCAACCGGCUCCGGAAGCUGGUACCUGGUUCCAAGCUUACUUUGCCCAAUUACUUACAAAUGCUAAUCCUAGCUUUUAA